AUGAUUUACCUGAAAUCUGUGAUCAAAGUUAUUGACAACUCCGGUGCUCAAAUGGCAGAAUGCAUCAAAGUUCUGAGGAAAGGUUCACCCAAAUCGCCUGCGAACAUUGGCGAUAAGAUCGUUUGUGUGGUGCAAAAAGCCAAACCUUUGACUCAAAAUAUCACAGGUACGUCAAAUACCAAUCGUGUUAAGAAAGGAGAUAUUGUACAUGCUGUUGUGGUGCGCACGAAACAAAAAAAUAUGGCUCGUGCCGAUGGAUCAACAGUAAGUUUUGGUGAUAAUGCAUGCGUUCUGAUCAACAAGAAUAGCGGUGAACCACUGGGCACUAGAAUAAUGGCCAACGAUGGUUGUGUCAGCAGAGAAUUAAGAGAAAAGGGAUUUAACAAAAUUUGUUCUUUGGCAACUCGUGUUCUUUAG